CACAAUCCUUUGUGCAAUGAAAAUAUCCAUGGUCACGUGGUUUUGUCACUGAGGCGGAAAUGAAAGUUCAGUAGCGACAACGGUGGACCACAGCUAAAAAAAGAGCUGUGAUGUCAUGGCAGCUGCCAGUGUGACCAGACCUGGCAGUGCCCAGACCACAGAAAAGUCUCAGUUGAUUCUGAAAGUGGUGUCAGCGAAGCCCCAGUCUCCCAAGCUGCCGAUCCGCCACUCUCGGCUCAGCUCCUUCGUUGAGGUGACAGCUGAUGGUCUGACGAGUGAAACCAAAAAAACAGGCAAACGCACCGGACACCUGGAGCUGCAGUGGAAUGAAGACCUCACUCUAAAUGUAACGCCCCAGAGUCGUCUGGACUUAAAGUUGUGGACCUGCCACACCUUGAGAAAGGAGCUGCUGGGCAGCGCCACCAUAGACCUGCUGGACACACUGCGCACACACGAUGGCAAAAUGGAGAACGUUCAGCUGAGUUUGGUGCUGCAGACGGAGAACAAAGGCUCAGUUGUAGCAGGAGGCGAGCUCAACGUCUGCCUGGACGGCAUGGCUGUUGAUCUGGGCUCGCUGCCCAAUGGCAGCACAGCAGCAGACAAAAUUCUGCAGCCGGAGCGACCCAACCUGAGGAGGACGCAGAGUGAGGACACCCCCAGUGCCGGAUCACACUGCAGGAGUAGCAGGCUCUCAGUUGGAGGUCAGCAGAGUGAAUCUCCAGGGGAAUCCAGAGAGAGGUCUUUGACCAACGGGGAACUUCCCGACGAGCAGAUCCCUGGGUCCGGCUCGCCCGGUGACAGACCAUCCUCCAAAAGCCAUGGCAGCCCAGGAAAUGCUGCAGACAAAGUUGAGUUGACUCCCAAUGGGCGAGGAGUUGUGUCCCAUCAGACUCCACCUCCUUCCUCCCCAUCGGGCCGAUCCCCAGCUGCCAGCAGCAGCAGCAGCGGCAGCAGCCCCUCUCCGGGUCAGGAUGCCCUGGGUCCAGCUACUGCUGCAGAGCCCGGUUCUAACGCCAUCUCCAGCACAGAGCAGCCAUGCAACAGCACCACAGAGUCCACCACAGACUCCCUCCCAGCAGGCUGGGAGCAGCGGGUUUUACCUCAUGGCAGAGUGUACUACGUCGACCACAACACCAAAACCACAACAUGGGAGAGACCACUGCCACCAGGCUGGGAGAAGCGAGUGGAUCAGCGGGGCCGAUUCUACUAUGUGGACCACAACACCAGAACCACCACAUGGCAGAGGCCCACGGCUGAGUCUGUGCGCAACUAUCAGCAGUGGCAGAGCCAGCGCAGUCAGCUGCAGGGCGCCAUGCACCAGUUCAGCCAGCGCUUCCUCUACCAGCCGUCUGGAGCUCCUGUGGAAAAUGACCCUCUGGGCCCGCUGCCUCCUGGCUGGGAGAAGCGUCAGGACAAUGGCAGAGUGUACUUCGUCAACCACAACACACGGACAACACAGUGGGACGAUCCUCGGACCCAAGGGAUGAUCAAGGAGCACCCCCUGCCCCCUGGCUGGGAGAUGAAGUACACCGCAGAGGGAGUCCGAUAUUUUGUGGACCACAACUCGCGCACCACCACCUUUAAUGACCCCAGACCCGGGUUUGAGUCAGGGUCACGGCAGGGCGGUUCCCCGGGCGCUUACGAUCGCAGCUUCAGGUGGAAGUAUCACCAGUUCCGUUUCCUGUGUCAUUCCAACGCCUUGCCGAGCCACGUGAAGAUCUCCGUGUCCAGACAGACUCUGUUUGAAGACUCGUUUCAGCAGAUCAUGAACGUGAAGCCGUACGACCUUCGACGUCGACUCUACAUCAUCAUGAGAGGAGAGGAGGGGCUGGACUACGGCGGCAUCGCCAGGGAGUGGUUCUUCCUGCUGUCCCACGAAGUCCUGAACCCCAUGUACUGCUUGUUCGAAUACGCCGGAAAGAACAACUACUGUCUUCAGAUUAACCCCGCCUCCUCCAUCAACCCCGACCACCUCACCUACUUCCGCUUCAUCGGUCGCUUCAUCGCCAUGGCCUUGUAUCACGGGAAGUUCAUCGACACUGGCUUCACGCUGCCCUUCUACAAACGGAUGUUGGACAAAAAACCAACUUUGAAGGACCUGGAGUCCAUAGACCCAGAGUUUUAUAACUCCAUCAUGUGGGUCAAAGAGAACAACCUGGAGGAGUGUGGAGUUGAGCUGUACUUUGCACAGGACAUGGAGAUCCUUGGAAAGGUUUCCACUCACCAGCUAAAGGACGACGGCGAGAACGAGCUGGUCACAGAGGAGAACAAAGAGGAGUACAUCAGCCUGCUGACAGACUGGAGGUUUACCCGCGGGGUGGAGGAGCAGACCAAAGCUUUCCUGGAUGGAUUCAACGAGGUGGUUCCUCUGGAGUGGCUUCGGUACUUUGAUGAGAAGGAGCUGGAGCUGAUGCUUUGUGGGAUGCAGGAGAUCGAUUUGUCCGACUGGCAGAAGAACACCAUCUAUAGACACUACACUAAAAACAGCAAGCAGAUCCACUGGUUCUGGCAGGUUGUGAAAGAAAUGGAUAACGAGAAGAGAAUCCGUCUGCUUCAGUUUGUAACGGGAACCUGUCGGCUGCCGGUCGGAGGCUUUGCUGAGCUCAUAGGAAGUAACGGUCCCCAGAAGUUCUGCAUAGAUAAAGUGGGGAAGGAGACUUGGCUUCCAAGAAGCCACACAUGCUUCAAUCGUCUGGAUCUGCCCCCCUACAGAAGCCUGGAGCAGCUCAGAGAGAAACUCCUGUUUGCCAUCGAGGAGACGGAGGGAUUCGGACAGGAGUGACGUCCUUUCCUGCAGCAGGACUUUACUUACCGAUCUUAUUCUGCCUUUUGUUAAUGACAGGGCUGAAACCCACCAGAAGCCCCUGACCUGCACGAGGAUUGUGUUUGUGAACUGAAUUAUUGGAGGAUGUGUGUGAAGGUGGACAUGUGUGUGUAUGUGCGUGUGUGUGGCUCCUCCUAAUGUUUGUGUGCUUGACAGGAUGGCACAUGCAUCCCCCCAUAGCCCUCAGCUUAGACCUGCACCAAAAGACAGACGUCAUUAUGGCCUUAAUGAUGACGCACAGCCACAGCACAGCGACCCACAGAUGCAGUAUAACAUAUCUAGCAGAGAGAAACCCACUUUCUACCGUUUUCAGUAGACGGCAGCGUGUGAGAGAAGCCGGCCUGCACAGCUGUUGGGAUGAACUAAGGCACCUCUGUUACAGAGGACUCAUUAUUUUUAAUGUUUCUGUUAAUUGUGAAAGUCAGCGUUUCCUCUUGUACAGAUCCGAAAUAAACCAGAUUUCAGUCUCGA